UCGAUGGUGUUGUUGGUUUAAUUAGUAUCACAAACGACGCUGAGAAACAAUUCAUAUUAUUUUCUAAAUCUGCCCGCUCCGAUUAUUUUGCGCAAUUGCUAAAUGAAAUUGCUGAUAAAGUACCAGUCCGACGUACACGUCUAAGCACAGAUGAAAAAUUCCAAUAUAUUAAUCACCGCGAGCGAAUUAUUUUUUCGAUUCAAAUAGAUUUACCGAAUCCAGAAUUAAAUGAAAGCGUUGCUGAAAGCGUGGCAUCGGAUCUAAAUGCUAUGAUUUUAAAUAAGGCAAUCACAACCAUUUCUACUGGUUUUACAAAUGAUUUGGAUAAUCGUUAUGGCUUUGUACCAUUGA